AUGAAGAAGGUCGACAUGCCAUCAUUCCUGCCCGACGACCGCCAUCACCACAAUUCUUUCUCCGCCAAAUCCUUAUCACCACCCAUUCCGUCACAACAACAACAAACCCCCGCUGUCGACUCUCUGCCCGGAGCAUGGCCCAAACCCACCCCUGGUCUGCCUGAUGCCUUGUCACAUGGACCAGACAGCGCUGUAUCGUCCCUGCCUAACGGAAGGUCAUCCGAGUCGCACAGCACGCGCGGGAGGACCAUCUCAUCCAAGGGGAGCAUGCCCUCGAUGGUUUCGUCAAAGAGUGACAACGACGUUAAGUCGGUCGAUAUGUCCUCGUCUCUCCAACAGGAUGAUGGUUACUUUGCACAAAAGCCAAACCGAGGCGCUCGCUCACCAAACUCAUCACAACACGCCCUCGCUGUGCCCGAAGAUGUUUCGCCCACCUCGUCGGCUCUGCCACUCCAGACCAUGCCAAGUCCCGUACUACCACCCGUGAGUGAGGCUGGUCCUUCCACUGCCGAUGGCAUGCUUCGCGUACCCCGGUCGACACAUCGUGCCUCUUCUCCUCCAGCUUUCUCUCACACUUCUUCUUCCAUGGCUUCCGUUUCAUCCCAGGCUCCAGGUCGAUUGGUUCACCGACAUACCCUUGAAGUUCCUAGUGCGGCUGGCCGCAAUUCUCGUGACAGUCAAUCACCCUCUACUCAUGAUGCUAAUGUCGUUUCUGCCACUGGUCGUUUCUCGCCUACCACUCCCAGUAGAAGAAGAGGCUCUUCUCAGCUUGUCCGUCGCGGAACACGCUCAAUCACAUCGGAUGCACAUCUCGACGAGAUUCCUCAAGACGAUGACGCUGCACGUUGGGCCGAGCAUAUCAAGCAAAAGAGAGCAAGUAAGCGAAAACGUGACGAAGACGACGAACGCGUUGUAGUCGGUACCAAAGUCGACCAGAACCAUGUCAAUUGGGUCACGGCAUACAAUAUGCUUACUGGAAUCCGUUUCUGCGUGUCGAGGACAAACGCAAAGAUUGACAGGGACCUGACCGAUGCCGACUUUGACGCAAAGCACAAGUUCUCAUUCGAUAUCACCGGUAACGAACUCACACCCUCGGCCAAGUACGACUUCAAAUUCAAGGACUACGCUCCCUGGGUCUUCCGCCACCUUCGCCACAACUUUGGUCUGGAUCCCGCUGACUAUCUCGUUUCUCUCACUUCGAAAUACAUCUUGUCUGAACUCGGUUCCCCAGGUAAAUCUGGCAGUUUCUUCUAUUUCUCGCGCGACUACAAAUACAUCAUCAAGACCAUUCAUCACGCCGAACACAAAUUCCUUCGCAAAAUUCUCCGAGAUUAUUACUCCCACGUUCAAGAAAAUCCCAACACACUUCUCAGUCAAUUCUAUGGUCUCCACAGAGUUAAGAUUCCUUACGGGAGAAAGAUUCAUUUCGUCGUCAUGAAUAACCUGUUCCCACCCCAUCGAGAUAUUCACCGGACGUUCGACUUGAAAGGCAGUACUAUUGGUAGAGACUUCAAGGAAGAGGAACUGGAUAAGAACCCGAGAGCUACACUCAAGGACCUGAACUGGCUACGGCGAAACCUUCAUCUAGAAUUUGGUCCAACCAAGAAGGACGCCUUUGUGGAACAAAUGCAAAAAGACGUUGCUCUUCUGCAGAAGUUGAAAAUCAUGGAUUAUUCGAUGCUGGUUGGUAUUCACGAUUUGCAGCGAGGCAACGAAGACAACCUACGAGACAAGACCCUGCAAGUCUUCCAGCCCGGAGGUCACAAAUCGGAAGACCAGCCGCCGAACAUGCUUAUGCGUACGCCUAGCAAGCUUGAAAACGCACGAAAGGCGCACGAACUGCGAGAGCUCAUUAAGAACGAAAAGCCUAUACCGAUGGGCCAGAGCCUGGACAAGAUGCCUGACGAGAUGGCUGGACGUCACAGAAAGCAAUCUUACUUCUACAGCGACGACGGCGGUUUUAGAGCAACCCACGAGAACGAUAUGGCUGGAGAAGAAAUCUAUUAUCUAGGAAUUAUUGAUUGCUUGACACAUUACUCUAUGAUCAAACGCUUCGAGCAUUUCUGGAAAGGACUAUCAUCUCCGGAAUCACAAAUCUCUGCCAUACCCCCCGAGCGUUAUGGAGAUCGCUUCGUCAGAUUCAUCUCAGGCAUUACCAAGACGCGCGAACGUGCAGAGGCAGAAAAGGAACACAACUGCGAGCAUGGUAGCGAGAGACUCAACACGGCGAUUCACAACAUCGAGGGCACCGUCGAUGACCCCAAGCUCUCUGGCUGUAACAUCCUUCGAUCAUCGGACCAAAAUCCUGCCGGCACUGAUAAGGUCAUGCGCAAGGCAGAGAAGCAGGCCGAGAAGAGCAGACACCGUAUCAAUGAGGAUGACAUUCCAGACCGCGCCAUCGGUGCAGUCAGAAGCCCUCAUGCCGAGAAUGAGAACAUGAUCACACUCCCCGUCAUCGGCGAGGCCGCAGAAAACGGCAGCCCCGCGUCAAGAACACCUACCCGCACAAUCACUCCCCAGCACUCAAAGGAGUCGGUCGAUGGUCGCAACGGUAGCAAUCAGGCCGUUACAAGAAAGGUCGACAUCAAAACCCUCGGCGAGGUGCCCCCACCUACACCUCCGAAGACCGACGGCCCACCUUCCUCAAAGCGAUCCAUUGAGCUUGAGCAUAACGGCCGUGCUGUCAACAACUUCAGCCGUCCACUAACGCCGCCCAAGGACGACAGGUACAGCCUGCGCGAUCAAAGAGAUAGACCGCCUACGCCGCCCAAGGACGAGAGAUAUAGUCUCGACAAGGCACUUCCUCUGCCGCCAUCUCAAACGGACGGAGUCCACGAGGAUGAAGUGGAGGCGUUGAGGACAAGGGUCUCUGCUCUCUAG